GUGCCAUCCAUCAGCCCUUUGUGUUUGCUGGGCCCCCAUUUGGAGCCCUUUGCAAUGGGGAGGCUGCUGUUUACGCUUCUGUUCCUGAGUGUGUUUUCAGGCUUGGUCCCGGUGGGGAAGAUUAUUAUUACUCUCGGUGGAAAACAGGGUUGGGUAUCACGCAUGUCUGCAGAUUGUCAAAUAGCUCGUUGGAUGCUCUGAAAAUUAAUAUUGCGCCUUCAUUAGAUAGUUUACUAUAUGCGUAAAAUCACAUUGGGACAUUUGAAUACAGUAACAUUUGGCAAUAAUGAACCAGACAGAGAAGGAUGAGCAAGAUGUGCCUCCAUAUCUUAACAGUGAGCCCCCAGAAGAUUCAGUAAAAGAUCAUCCGCAACAACAGCCUGGCAUGCUUACCCGGGUGACUGGCGGCCUUUUCAGCAUAACCAAGGGAGCUGUCGGUGCCACAAUUGGUGGUGUAGCAUGGAUAGGAGGAAAAAGCUUUGAAGUGACCAAAACAGCAGUAACAGCUGUGCCUUCCAUGGGAAUAGGAUUAGUUAAAGGAAGUGUUUCAGUUGUGACAGGAAGUGUUACAGCUGUAGGAUCUGCUAUCUCAAGCAAAGUGCCUUUAUCUGGGAAGAAAAAGGAUAAAUCUGAUUAAAGAAAUUCUGUUUUGUUGAGGACCGUAUGUGGCUAUGGGACCUACACGAUUUGGACUACUGUAAGGUCACCAUUCUGGAGGAAUAUCUAAAGAACUGAAAGAAUUACUUUCUCCUGCAAGGGACAUUAACAGCCUGGUAUCACAGAAACUUUAGAUUUCUUCAGGAACUUGUCUGGUGAAAUGUUACACUUGAUUAAAAAAAAAAAGGAAUCAAGUACAUGGAUCUGAAGGAAUGGCUCACGGUUGAACAUUAAUUCGCUUUUUGAAAUCUUGAAUUAAAAAUGUGAAAAUAGAAGUGGAGGGAAUGACUUGCUAAAAAGUUAAGCACUUCACAGUUCUGAUGAAAAUAGCUUCCUUUAAAAUAAUUUCAGCAUUAGAAGUGCUUAAAUAUUAGCCUGAUUAUGCCCUUAAUUGGUUGCCUCUGCCAUACAGAUAUAUUGAUGUUCUAGCUUCAAACCUAUGGUGUCUAUAUUUUUUGGAAGACAGUCCUUGAACUCCCUAGAGUCCUUGCGUAUCCUUGCUUUUUCAAACUAUUUUUAUAAACACUAAAUUCUUUAGAAGUCAACUGUCACAAGGAUGUGUUUGUGUGCGCACACGCAUGUAUGUGUGUAUAAAACAUUGAGUCAAAUCAUUCAUGCCUUAUGGUGAAAAACAAUCUAUUUUUUACUUAGAGAAUCUUUUAAAGUUUUUGUAAUGUCUGUCAUUUCAAAGCAGUCUGUAGAAGGAGUUUUACAAUUUUUUUUAUCUGUUGAUACUGACAAAGAAAGACUGCUAAAUCUCAGGUGUAGCGUACGGAUGUUCGCACCUGCAAAAUGAAAAGCCCUUUAUGUUGUUAGGUUACUUUAACUGAAAAUUAAUUCCAAGUUUACAUUAAGACAACAUUGAGUAACUUUCAGCUGUAAAAUAAAAACACUUCUGUGG